AUGCUGCUUUUAGCUUCAGCUUUUUUUCUAACACUACUGCAGUGCUCUAAUGCCCAAAAUGAAAUAAGCAUUACGCCUGCAGACUGUAACACCGUUGAAACAGAUGCAGGAGUGGCCCUGGAUUUGGUCAACAGACAUCGCAGAGAUGGUUACGUUUUUGGUUUGUUCCGUGUUGCUGAUGCACAUGAACUACAUUUAGGAAAUUCAACGGUCCUCUACCUAACUUUGGAUGUGCUGGAAACUGAAUGCUCUGUCUUAUCCAGAAGACACUGGGAGUCCUGUGACUACAGUGACACCUAUCCAAUGGACUUUGGGCAAUGUAAGAUUAUCACAUAUACAAACCAUCUGCUGAAGAAACCUCAACUAUAUGGAUUUAAUUGUACAUUAAGUCCAGUUCCACCUGACUUAGUAGAGUGCAAAGAUUGUCCUGUGAAACUUGAAGCCUUAGAAGUCACUGAGCAACAUAAAGAUAUUGCUGCAAAGGCCCUGAGGAAAUUCAACAGUGAAGGUAACCACACAAACAACUUCGCUGUGGAUAAAGUUGAAAGAAUUUUAAAGAUGACUGCCUCGCGUGAAGGUCACAUUUUAGGAUUCUCUAUAAAAGAGACCAACUGUUCAAAAUCUAUGCAGGAAACAGAUCAGGCACUGGAAUGUGAUUUUCUGCAUGACUGGCAUGCUCACACCGGAUUCUGCAAGGCAAGAGUUAUCAGUGAUGCAGAUGAAGCUGAUGGAACAGAUAUAAGCUGUGAAAUCUACCAUCCUUGGCACUAUGGCUGUGGGCGAAGAGGAAAACAUUCAGCCCUGGGACAUCCACACAGACAUCCCCACUGUCAUCAUCAUUUUGGUCACAGACAUCGCCAUAAGCAUCACCAUAGACAUGAAUGUCCCCCCUCUUCUCAGUCCAGAUCUGAAGACCCUGAGCAUAAUGCCAAAUCCAGCAAGGAAGAUCAAGACAGCAACAAAGAAAUUUCUUCUCCCCCUCCUCCCCAUGAUGAACCAGAUCAUCAUCAUCCUACUCCACCUCCUCAUGGACCAGACCAUGACCAUCCUCCUCACCACCACGGACCACCCUGUCCCCCUCCUCAUGGACCAGACCAUGACCAUCCUCCUCACCACCACGGACCACCCUGUCCCCCUCCUCAUGGACCACACCAUGAUCAUCCUCCUCACCACCAUGGACCAGACCACCACCACCCUCCUCACCACCAUGGACCACCCUGUCCCCCUCCUCAUGGACCAGAUCAUGACCAUCCUCCUCACCACCAUGGACCACCCUGUCCCCCUCCUCAUGGACCAGGUCACCACCACCCUCCUCACCACCAUGGACCACCCUGUCCCCCUCCUCAUGGACCAGGUCACCACCACCCUCCUCACCACCAUGGACCACCCUGUCCCCCUCCUCAUGGACACCCUCCUCAUCACUGUCAUCACUAUUACAGACAUCAUCACAACAAGACAAGCAUAUCAGGAAAGUAUUUUCCAUGCCAUGUAACAGGAGCUGUCUAUCGCAUCCCAGUUCUAAAUCAGCAGGAUUCUCUCACACCUCCCACUGCAAACUUUCCUGAACUAUCCCAAUGCAACCUUCACUUUUCCAGCACUGGCUCAAAACUAGAAGAGAUGGCAGAAUUUCCAGGCUUUCCAGAUCACUCUACACAAUCAAAAUCAUGCCCUGGAAAACCCAAACUUGACCUUCCAAAAAUUUUGCCUUUAUUUCCUCAUAGCUUUGUAACAGAAAAUUCUCCUAUAUGA